UGUGGCUACAAACCGCUCACAAAUUUCUAUCAUCGUAAAUACAAACGAAAAUAUCAACUGGUUUGUUUAUAACUUCGGCGAUCAACUGCCUUUCUUCCAUAGGGUAGAUCACGGUGACUUAUAUGAAAGAUUUUGGCUCGGUGUAAGGCUCAAUGUCAAGAAGAUUUCGCCCUGCAUCGCUGGGUUCCCAGAGCGGGAUUUACAGCGUUCGUGGAUCUGAAUUGGCGCGGAGCGGAAACACAACUCCUAACAAAAUUCGAUGCGUCGUGGAGCUUUUAGAUGAUUCGGAGUUUGUCAUUGAUAUUGAUAAACAUUCCAGGGGUGAAACUUUGCUAGAAGCUGUUUUCAAGCAUCUUGACUUGUUGGAAAAACAUUUCUUUGGUCUUCAAUUUGUUGCUGAUUCUCCCGACAACUUGCAAUGGCUUAAUUCUGACAAACAAAUCAGGAAACAACUGAAACGUGGUCCCCCCUACAUAUUUUAUUUUAGAGUGAGAUUUUUUGCUUCAGAUCCUUCCAAACUUUCUGAGGAUGUAACAAGAUAUCAAUUCUAUCUUCAAAUAAAACGAGACCUUUUGACUGGAAGAUUGCCAUGUUUGUACGACACUGCAGCAGAAUUAGCUUCCUAUGUACUUCAAGGUGAACUUGGUGAUUAUGACCCCAGGGCAAUGCAUGAAGCAUAUGUGUCUGAAUUCCGUUUUGUACCCGACCAGUCAGAGGAUUUUGAAGAAAGGGCAGCAGAAUUUCACAAACAUCAUGGUGGCCAAAGUCCAGCAGAUGCAGAAUUCAAUUUUCUUGAGGUAGCCAAAAAUUUGGAUCUCUAUGGAGUAGAUCUUCAUUUUGCUAAGGAUCAUGAUGGCCUUGAUCUUCACAUUGGAAUUUCUCCUCUUGGUUUGACUGUCUACCACAACAGAUGUAAAAUUAAUUUCUUCCCAUGGUCAAAGAUUGUAAAAGUUUGUUUUAAAAGGAAAAGAUUCUUUGUUCAGAUACGGCCAGAUUGGAAUGAAUGGACUGAUAAUGUCAUUGGUUUUCACAUGCCAACCUACAGAGCAUGCAAAACACUUUGGAAAACCUGUGUUGAAUAUCACACUUUUUAUAGAACUCAUUUUCCAAAACCAACGAACAACAAAGGCUCGCUUGUGAGGAUCGGCUCGAAGUACAGAUACAGGGGGAAAACAGAAUAUCAGGCGAUAGAAGAAGGUAGAAGACAGCCAAGAACUGAACCUAAGAUUGUGAGGACUCUCAGCAGAAGGUAUUCCAAAAGGAAUGAUGACGGUUCUCGGCGGAGAAUAGACCUUGAUCACGUGUUUGACAAAGAUGACAUGGUAUUCAACGACAAGUCUGCUGGUCUGAAUUAUUCGUCAUCUGUCCCGUCAAAUUUUGACAAAAUGAACAACUCUUUAGUUCGAAGCAAGAGCCUUGGAAUGGCGGACGCCGAGGGACAUAUGAAUCGACUAAAACCUGCUCUAACGCCAGAAUUACAUAGAAAUGGUUCUGCUAAUCAAGAAGGUCUUAUUACUGUAAGAAUGGAACCGGAUGAACAAGGACGAUUCGGAUUUAACGUUCAGGGUGGAGCUGAUAUCGAUUUACCAGUGAUUGUAUCCAAGAUCGCACGAGGAAUGCCGGCGGAUAUGUGCAUGCCGCAGCUACAGGAAGGAGAUGAGAUUGUCCACAUAAAUGGGAGAAUUGUCAAGGAAAUGCCGCAUCAAGAAAUUGUGGAUCUCAUAAGAACAAUCAGCAAAUCAAACCGACGACUACUGAUAAUGACGAUAAGACCAUUCGUUUUCACGAAUUCUGCCCCCUCGCCCGUGCAUGCGGUGAGUCCGGAGCAGUUUGCCGCGGCUGAACAGAGACACGAACAAGAAAAAGUUGUUGCCAAACAAGUAAAGGAAAAAGGGGUGGUGAAGGACACCGAAGCUCUUCGUGUUUCUAUGGAUCAACUCCGAGAGAAUCUCGAAAGCGGCGAUCUGCUCGUGUACUUUCAGGAAUUGUACAGAAAAAAGCCUGGAAUGUCUAUGGAAGAAGCGAGAAAGCCCGAAAACCUUCCACGCAACAGAUACAGAGAUAUUUUACCUUACGAUGAUACGCGAUGCAAACUUUACAAAGGAAAGAAUGACUAUAUCAACGCUAACUACGUCACGAUGGAAAUUCCUGCGAGAGGAUUACUUAACAGAUACAUAGCUGCUCAAGGUCCACUGGAGAAGACGUGCGGGGAUUUCUGGCAGAUGGUGUGGGAGCAAGAGGCAUCUCUUAUUAUUAUGCUGACUACCACAGUCGAGAGAGGAAGGGUGAAGUGUCACCAAUAUUGGCCGGAAGGAGAGGAAACUCUUACCUUUGGAGAUCUAGAAAUAGUCUGCACAAAAAUCCGCGACUUCUCACCGUCGUAUAUUUACAGAGAAAUGUAUGUCACCGAAACGAAGAGUCUUCGAAGCCGUGUUGUUGUUCAGCUACAAUAUAUUGCCUGGCCGGACCAUGAUGUUCCGGACGAUUCAACAGAUUUUCUGGAGUUUAUUCACAUUGUUCGUCAUUACCGGGAAGGAACAAACACUCCGACUGUGUUACAUUGCAGUGCGGGUGUUGGUCGAACAGGUGUUCUUAUCUUUAUGGAGUCAGCAUUCAACAUGAUUGAAAGUGCAGAACCCAUUUAUCCAUUAGAAAUCGUUCGAAAGAUGAGGGAUCAAAGAUGUUCACUCAUACAAACUCCGGGACAAUUUAUUUUUGUCCUGGAGGCACUGCUAAAAGCUUACGACGAGGAGAUGGUAAAACCGUCAUAAGUGCCAAGCACUAGAACAGAAUCUUUCGCAAGUGAAACUCCUCGGCAAGGUUGUACAGCUCGGUGGCACAACAUUGAAGGUUAACCUGAGAAAAUUCACGGUGUAGGACUAAGCCGACCUUUGAAGAAAUCAGAGGGAUGUUGAGAUUAAAAAAAAAUGAAUUGGGGUACAGAUAAGAGUCACCUUCAAUAUUUUUGGACUCGAGCUAGAAAACUUUCACUGUUGGAAACAUUUUCAAUCCACUGUAGGAAAAGAAAAGAAAAGCUAAGUCAAACGCGAAAGAAAAACUUUCUUUUGUUGCUCUGGCUUUUGCUUGUUUUUUUUAUUCGACAUAACUUUCUAUUUGACUUAAACUUUUAAGCAUAACAAACAUUGACUUCAUAACUUUGAGCUACUUUCUAGAGCUCCCAUCCAAAUUAAUCGUCGUGUCCUGUGUCAAAGGUCUGCGUGACAGUGCAAAUUUUCUUAAAAUACGUACGGCAAUCUUUGCAUUGUAGCAACUUUUACCCCACGCAUUUUGUUCUUAGCAAUUUAUUUAUACAUUUUUCUCCCAUCCAUCCCAUCGUGAUGUAAUUAUUAAACCUGUGAGAGUUAUUCAUCUUCAAUUUCAGUGAUUACGAAUUCGCUUUUAGUUGACUGGUUGUUGUAUUUUCAGAGCCAGAAAAAUGUAGCUUGCCAAAUUUUGUGAUUCUUGUAGAGGUUAACGUCAAAGCCUGUUCGCUUUUUUUUUUUAAAACACAAAUUGAAUUCCACAUUUCUUGUUUUAAAUGGGAACUUUUAGGUCUAGAAUACUCGUUAUGUCAUUAGAUGACUAAAAGAUAUGGAACCAUCGCCUUGGUAGUUGUACUUAAAGUGAAUUGUAAAGAAAUAUGCAAAAGCAAUGUAGUUUUUAUCUCCGCUGCUUAAAAUUUUAUGUGAAAUUACCGCGUGAUUCAAGGAGAAACUCAGCUUUCUGAAAACUGUUUUCAGAUGUGCUUAAAAUUCGCUUAAGAUCGCUGCCAUUUGAUCUUUCUUGGUAACCUGGCCUCUUUUUUGUGACGUAACAAAGUUUUACUCUUGGUUUUUCCAACUCACUUUGAUCUAGUUUUGAACAAUUGGGAGCUUAACAAUAAAGGCAUCAGUCAUUAGUGACCAAAUUAACGCGGAGAUGAAAAUUAUAUGGUUUCUUAAGCUCUAACUUGCAUAAGUUGAAUUGACAGUUAUAUGGCAUUCCUUCAGCUAAUUGAAAGGUUCCAGUUGGUUUUCUGAACUCAACGGCGUGUUCAGUUAACUUUGCAUAACUUUUCAGAGAUAUGUGCUUUUCAAGUGAAGACUAUUUAUACACGUUAAAAAGUAUUUUAUAAAGAGUAAUAUAUAGUUGAACAAGAUGAAGAAAAGUCGCUCUUUACUUCCGGUAGCGAUAACCGGAAGUGAAGCUAUAACUGUCCGCUUAGAAUUUAUUAUCGAAAAACUACGCACUUUUAAUCUCUGCUGUGGUGAUCAAGUAAAUUCGUUGAAUUAUCUUGAAUGUGUGCAGCGAAAAAAAUCGCGAUUGAAUAGUUUGAAGCUUUAAAUAUAAUAUGCUCUAUUUUUAUCACCAUAUUUAUUGCUUUUACCGUACAUACCUGUGUUGUCCAGCUAUGAUCAAUUUUUGUUUGUGGAAAUGUCACAUCUAAUGAAGGUUAAGGCUCUCUUUCAAGUAGAUUUGAAAGUAAAAUAAUUUUUAAUCAUGCAA